CUCCUACUCAGGCAGUAGCAAGAGGCCCCUGGAGUCGCUGGAACUGGGAGCUUUGGAGCAUUAACGGUAACGAUGACCCCCCUGCUUCUGCUUUGUGUGUCCUUGCCCUUCAUCUCGGCAACAGUAUUAUUUGAGCUCAACAGCCAUGAUGGUAAGUGUGAUGGCACAUUGCGUGUCAGCAUCCCUGUGGAGAUGCCUCUCCAUCCUCUGCUGGGGAGCAAAGUAGUAGUACCAUGUUACUUCCAGGACAACACAGUCAAUGACACCGUCGCCCCGACCGUCGCCCCGCUCUCCCACCGCAUCAAAUGGACCUACGUCACCAAGGAGAAAGUCACCACGAUCCUGGUGGCGUCAGAGGGAAAAGUUCAAGUGGAGACAGAGUAUUUGGACAGAGUGACGAUGAUCAACUACCCGCUGGUGCCCACUGAUGCAACCAUCGAGAUAACAGAGCUGAGGUCCAAAGAUUCUGGCACCUAUCGCUGCGAGGUGAUGCACGGAGUUGAGGACAACUAUGACUCUGUGGAUAUCCAGGUUCAGGGUGUUUUGUUUCACUACCGAGCCAUCUCCACCCGCUACACCCUGACAUUUGAGAAGGCAAAGGCCGCCUGCAUCCAAAACAGUGCCACCAUUGCCACUCCAGCCCAGCUGCAGGCUGCUUACGAUGACGGAUACCACCAGUGUGAUGCUGGAUGGCUCUCGGAUCAGACUGUCAGGUACCCCAUCCAUGAGCCGCGGGAGCGUUGCUUUGGAGACAAGGAGGACUUCCCCGGCGUGAGAACCUAUGGCGUGAGAGAUGUCAAUGAGACCUACGACGUGUACUGUUUUGCAGAGAAGAUGUCAGGCAGGGUCUUCUACUCCAUGUCUGUGGAGAAGUUUACCUUCUAUGAAGCAGGAGAUCAGUGUGCCAAACUCGGUGCCCGACUUGCCACCACCGGAGAACUAUACCUGGCCUGGAAGGCUGGCAUGGAUGUGUGUAAUGCUGGCUGGCUGGCGGACAGGAGCGUGCGCUACCCUAUCAACAUCGCCAGGCCUCAGUGUGGAGGGGGGCUUCUAGGAGUAAGAACUGUCUACCUGUUCCCCAAUCAGACAGGAUACCCCUACCCAGACUCUCGCUACGAUGCUGUCUGCUUCCAAGCUGGUGAGGAUGACAAUGCCGUUCCCGUGAGAACCACUCCUUUUCCAGAUAUAAUCCACAUUACACUCACCCCUGGGAUACACCCAAGCUUCACCCCCUCACUUGGGGGAGAGGAGAUGAAGCGUGGAGAAGUCUUGUCCCUAUUGCCCGUCCCGCCCAGUAUGACAGACUCAGAUUCUGCCAUGUCUCCCACAGGUGUGGUGUUUCACUACCGACCCAUUACCGGUCGGUACACUCUGAACUUUGUGGAGGCUCAGCAGGCGUGCCAGAGUGUUGGGGCUGUCAUAGCCAGCAGCCAGCAGCUGCAAGCAGCCUAUGAGAAAGGCCUGCACCAAUGUGACGCUGGCUGGCUCCUUGACCAGACUGUCAGGUAUCCCAUCGUGUCACCUAGAGAUAACUGUGCUGGUAAUCUGCCACACCUCCCAGGAGUUCGAUCCUACGGCCUGAGACCAGCUAGUGAACACUACGAUGUUUUUUGUUAUGUGGAACGUCUGCGAGGUGAGGUCUUCUUCACUAGUGACUAUGACAGCUUCUCCUUUGAAGAGGCUGUGCAGCACUGUCAGAAACUCAACACCACCUUGGCCACCACUGGGCAGCUGUUUGCUGCUUGGAACCAAGGGCUUGAUAAGUGCCGUCCAGGCUGGCUGAUGGACCGUAGUGUCCGCUACCCCAUCACAACUCCCAGGUCACAGUGUGGAGGCGGUCAGGUUGGCGUUCACAUGAUCUAUGCCUACCCCAACCAGACAGGAUUUCCUGAUGAGCAUUCACGUUAUGAUGCUUACUGUUUUAAAGCUGAAAUUCCCAUUGUUGAUGUUGAACAUGAAACCAGUGUGAAUCUGACAAUUGUGACGGUGGAUGUUAUCAACAAAACAACAGUCACAGUCGAUCACUUUGCUCCUACAGUUGAAACUACUGUGCACGACAAUGGAACUGAAACCAGUGUGAAUAUCACUGAAAUAGAGGAUUUUAUCAACAAGACAACCAUCACAACUCAUGAAGUUGCUUACACUGUGAGACCCCUUUUACCUCCAAUCCCUGUUGAUGUGUCUGGCUCUGGUUCCGCUGUGGAUGUGUCUGGCUCUGGUUCAGCUGAUCAUUCAGCCAGUGGGGAGAUCUCAGGGGAGUCUGGCACAUCCGGGACCAGUGUUGAUGCAUCCGGUUCAGGACAGAACGUCAUCUUCAACGGACACACUGACGUCUUCUCUGGAGAUCACUCUGCCUCUGGAGGUCAUCAGGAGGCAGAAGGGGAAAGUGGUGUCAUCAUUACAUCUGGAGAACUGGGUAGUGCAUCUGGAUCUGGGGAGGGGUUUGAUGGACAACACUCUGGCUUCAGUGUAUCGGGAUCAUGUUUUACUAGUGGAAGUGGGGACAUCAGUGGUAGCAGUGCUGACUCAAUCAUUAUGAUAGAUGGGAAGAUGGAGGAGGUGUCAAAAACUUACCAAAAAAACACCGAGCAGGAGUUAGGCCAGGGCGGCAUUGAUACCAGUGGGGUAUUUUUAGAAUCAAGUACGUCCGGAUCUGGAAGUAUGUCCGGGUCAGGCUCUGGUGGAUUUUCUGGCAUCUCAUUUGUCGACCACAGUACCGUUGAUAUGACAGUCCAGCCAUCCGGUGAGCAGGAGGUGUCUGGAUAUCGGCCCUCUGGAUAUGGGUUCCACAGCGGCUUUCCCAGUGGUUUUCCAUCUGGUGUCUCAGGCAGCGGCUCUGGCUCUGGGGACUAUAUGCAUCGUGGUGAUGUAAUUUACCUAACAGGCAAUGACAUGAUAGAAGUGACCAAACUGCCACAGGUACGCCACCCUGAGCAGGGACGGGGGGUGGUAGAGGUAAGCGGGGAAGGGAGUGGGUCAGGGAACCAUCAUGAAUUUAGUGCCACUUCGGACCAAAGCUUGCAUCUCUCAGGACAUGGAGCCCUUCAUGAAAAACCAUUUGGUGAGAACCUUUCUAUCACCCUACCGCCUGGAAUGACUCACACUGAGUACAUUGCCAGUCCCAGUAAUUCAGGACUCGUGGAUGAGGGUCAGGAAACCCGUGCAGAACCUACAGUUUAUACAGUGACUCCAGAUGCAGCCUACACCAGCCCAAUCACAGCACCAACAUUGUCAUUGACAACCCCUGCUGUACUGGAGCAACCUGAAGUAGUGGACGCCUCUGCAGACCCCUGUGAUCUAAACCCCUGUGGUUCAGGAUCCUGCUCUGUGCAGGGAGAGCUCGCUGUGUGUCAGUGUCCUACUGGUUUCACUGGUGAAGACUGCUCGACACCUGUGCAAGGCUGUGCAGAGGGUUGGUUGGAGUUCAAGGGAAGCUGUUACCUCCACUUUGCGGAGAGAAACACCUGGCCUGAGGCGGAGCAACGCUGUCAGGAGGACAAUGCCCACCUGGUCAGCAUUGGCUCCCAAGAGGAGCAGCAGUUUGUCAAUUCCAAUGGCCAGGACUACCAGUGGAUUGGACUUAAUGACAAAGAUGUUCAGAAUGAGUUCCGCUGGACAGACGGCAGUCCUCUGACCUUUGAGAACUGGAGGCCCAACCAGCCAGAUAACUACUUCAACUCUCAGGAGGAUUGUGUGGUGAUGAUCUGGCACGAGGGCGGACAGUGGAAUGACGUACCCUGCAAUUACCAUCUUCCCUUCACCUGCAAGACUGGACCUGCUACGUGCGGAGCUCCUCCUGAGGUGGAAAACGGUAGGCCGAUGGGUAGCGGCAGAGAGCGCUACCCCGUCAACUCCAUAGUCCGCUACCAGUGUGACACAGGCUACACACAGCGCCACCUGCCCGUCAUACGCUGUAUGCCAGACGGACAGUGGGAGAAGCCACAAGUGGAAUGUACAAAAGCUGGUGCCAACAGCAACAGGCUACACAAAAGAUCCCUCAGAAGAAGAAGUAAAGGGGUCAGCAGCCAACAGAAACAGAGGAAGCUGCUCUGAGCAGGAAUGAAAAGGACAUACAACAGAGAGUCACAAAGAACCCCCCUCUUGUAAAGAAGCAUGGACACCAAUGCAAAUGCCCGACCAAAAAGAUAACUUUCCCUACCAUGUACAAACACAAACACACACCCACCCACACACACACACAGUGUAAUUGACUGAUGUUUUGGAUCUUUGCGUGUCAUCUUGCACCUUCUGAAGGCAGUUUUUUCUAUGUAUUUGUACGGUCUAAUUUAUAGCUGUGAUCUAGUAUUGGAAAGCAGUUUUUUCAAUGCACAUGAUGACAUUUUCUGCAAUCACUUGCCAGCACUGCACACAAAGGUAGAUAAACUGGUCAAAUAGUAGUUUUUAUUUCUUUUAUUUGGUCUCAAAGGACUACAAUUACUGGCUUCCAACUUGAGAAACAAUACUGUUUCUUAUAUUAUAGACAAAAAAUCUCAAACCUUUUUGGUUGUGACCCCUAAAAAUACAACAAUGCGUAUAUGUUACCUCUCCCAACCUACAAAUAAAAAAAGCCAAAGUUAGGUUUGUUUUACUUAGAUAAUCAGAAGAGGCCUCCAAAAAUCCAGGAUUGCAUAUAAACCCCAAUCUGAGUAAACGCAAGGGGUAAAGGACAUGCCAAUACAUUGGUGAUAAGCUAUCUUUCAAGACCGCAACCUCAGGCUGAGAGCCACUGUGCAAAAACAUUACCACAGUAUCAGAUAUACCGAAAUGAUUGUGCUGUUCCAAUUGAUGAUGAAUAUAGAAAUCCAAGUUUAAGACGUGAUAAAGUUCACUGCCACAGACCUGGAUUGAAAUAAUCAGCACUCGUACACUUUUGUGAGUCUUCAGUCACUUGUGUGCUAAUCAUUUGAAUCCAGUGCACCUUAAAGACA